AUGGCCCUACAGUAUUUUCCGGAGGUUUUCACGUUCUACGGGACCCCUGAUGAAAGAACACUCACCGAAGAGCAAACAAUCCCCGCAUCUCUUCGUGACACGUCUUCUUUAACGAGAGUGCUUUGUUUUUUGGCACUCGGACGCCCUGAUCUUGAAGACCACUGGGAGUCACUGCAAUCCAAAGAAGGAUUUGAGGACGUGAGGAAAAAGCUGUGCUCCCUCCUGUCCAACACUAUCUCCGUAGCGAGCCUGCUUCUCGCGACAAAUGCUGUUUUUGUGUCCACAGGUUCUCCUGUGUCUUACUUUAACUAUUCCUCACCUGCAACCUAUUUCCUGCUCUUUAUGUCACUCAUGCUGGCCAUGAUUGCAGUGAUGACAUCUGGUUUGAGCAUGAUUCGCUGGCUACACACUGAUCGGCAGUGGACUCGAGAACAACUUAGGAUAGGCGGCUAUUUCCUCUUUCCCUACCUGUUAUCGAUCAUCAUGCCCAUAUUAUUUGUUGGCCUGUCCCUGAAUUGUUUCAUAUUCGCGAUGUUGAUAGCAGGCUUUAACUUCCAAAAUACUGUCUGCCGCGUCAUCACCGCGCUCUGGCUAGUCAUAUUCGAGCAAAGCGCCUUGCAAAGUCGCAGGCAGUAUCUACGUCUAAUUCACCAACCCCUUCACCCGCCUCUCCCGGGCCUUCAACGUUUCAACCCCCGUAGUCCAACUUCCAGACCCGAAACAGAAAUCUCCUUCUAUUCCACCUCAAUCAACAACCCCACCCCUCAAAUCAUUGAUCCUAUUCAAACCGACGACCUUGAAUAUGUCUCAAUGCUCGCCUCUCUCCCUCCUCAGUCCGUUUUCGAGUACCUUGUAGGCCGCUUGAAGCGUAUCAAUACUGCCAAAUCAAUUUUACUCAAGAAGAACCCCGUCUCUGAAACUCAGCAAGCCACCGCACUCCUCAACAGGCUCAGAGACCUCAUUAACAGUUACACAGGUCUUGACAUUCGUCCUCUAUCAACCCUUGGGUCAAACGAGCUAUUCUCACCCCUGCUCUCCCUCACUGCCCUAUCUACGCCUAUGUACGCAUCUGCAACCACCUCUCAAACCACGCUGGCUCCCACAGAGGUUCAACCAUUUUUGCAGGAUCUUGCCGCUCGCUUCACAGACCCAGUGCGGGAUGAACUUCUAAACACGCUAAGCACCCUCGUUCGCACCCUCGUCGCGUACACCCUUACCAUACUAUCGGAGGGCACUGGCGGAAGCGCUGGGAACUCCGCAUGGCGCGAUGUCAUAUGA